CAGCUAUACCACCUAUACAUAUUUAAUAUUUUCAUCCUCGAAAGGGAGUCAAAGCCCCUAAUUUUUCGUUAAUGAAUUAAUAUCUGAUGAAUUAGCUUAUGCGAGCUUAUAAGCAUGGCUUCUCUAGUGAAUCGGCUGAGCCUGGCCCUUGGUCUCGUAGCCUUAGCGUUAGCCGGCUACUCCAUUUACCGGCACACACAAACAGCCGUUAAGGGGCAGCUUGAGGUUAACCCAACUUGGCUGGAGUCGGCGCCCAACAUAUUGUCUCUAGGUUCCGGAAAAUCCUCCGGCAAAGUUUUCGACCAAGCCUGCGCAUUCUCCGCCGUGAAAGAAGUGGUGGAUGCUGCCAUAGAUGCGGAAACUCGGAUGGGUGCUUCCCUCAUUCGUUUGUUCUUCCAUGAUGACUGCUUUGUCGACGGUUGCGAUGGAGGGUUGCUUCUCAAGGACACGGCUACUUUCACCGGGGAGCAAGGAGCGGGAGGAAAUGAUAAUUCGGUGAGGGGCUUCGAAGUAAUAGAGAAAGCUAAGCAGAACGUGAAAGCCAAAUGUCCCUCUACUCCCAUCUCCUGUGCAGAUAUCCUAUCCAUUGCUGCCCGUGAUUCUUACACUAAAUUUACCGGCAAAACAUACACCGUGACACUGGGAAGAGGAGAUGCAAGAACGGCAAACCUCACCGGAGCUAAUACGCAGCUCGUCGGACCAUCGGAAGACUUGGCAUCCCAAACCCAAAAAUUCGCCGACAAAGGAUUCACCCAAACAGAGAUGGUGGCCCUGUUAGGCAUUCACACAAUCGGCUUCGCCAGGUGUCCCCUUUUAUGCGUUGACGAUUCUUUCGUCAAUCCUGCUCGGGCCUCUUCUCUGCAUUGCAACUGCCAAACAAGCCUUAACAACACGGAUUUGGUCGGUCUGGACCCCACUCCUCUAACGUUUGACCGACGUUAUUACGCCGACGUCGCAAACAGGCAGGGUCUGCUGUUCUCCGACGAUGAGCUGAUGAGGAGCAAUGCGAGUAGCGCCGCCGUCAGGAGGCCAAAAGUGAAAAAGCAAAGGAGAGAAGGAAGAAGAAUAGGUACAAGCAUCGGUUGGGGUCCAAUGGUUAUGAAGGACUGCUAAAGAGGAAUGUUUAUUCUCUUACAUCCUUAAUUAAUGAUAUGCUUAUUUCUAUAUGGAGGGUUGCUAAAGAGGAAGAUUUAUUAUUCUCUUACAUGCUUAGUAGUUAAUGAUUUAUUUAUUUCACUACUUGCUUGAAUUACUCUAUUUUAAUUUUUUUGUUUAAUCUGAUAGCAAAGUGAGCUUGGAGGUAUUUUGAAAGAUAUCGAUCGUGCAGAUACAUGGCUUUUGUGUAGAAAGAAAAAAAUGAAGAAUAUGAUGAGGACGUGAAGAUAUUUCUGAAAAAUUGCAAGUAUCAUACACUUUAGCUUUUAUUCGAAAGAUAUACUUAGAUUAAAUAUUAGUUACUCACGUGAGUUAUUUAUUACUAAAUUUAUUUACCUACUAUAAUGAUUUAGCUACUGAAAUGAUUUAACCACUUAAAGUUCUAUUUUACUUUAACUAAUGUAACUUUUUUAUAUAGAAAAAGCUCAAGAAGGUGGUUGAAGUUGGUAUACCGUGGGAGCAGCCCACCGUGAGCAUGCUGCUCCCACACAAAAAAACGUGUGUUACUUGUUCACGCGGGAGAAUAGUAACUCAUUUUUUGUUUUUUCAUUGUACAGUAGCAGAUUGAUGUAAUUCGCGGUAAAAAAAUGUAACUCUCGUUAAUAAAAAAUGCAACUGCAGACAAGUCGAAAUGUAACUUGUCUAAUACGGAUUAUAAGAAUUAAAACAUUUAUUUCAAUGAAACAAAGGGUC